AUGACUAAAGAAAAUUAUGGAGUGUAUUUGAAUAACGAUAUAUUUAGAAGUCUACAUAACGUUUUAUCUAACGACCAUACUUCAAUUACAGGUUCCAAACCUAUAUACUGCAGCUACAUUAACUAUUGGUUAAAUAAAGUAGUGCAAACUACAGAUAAAUUAUGUUAUAAAAAGAGUGGAAAUUAUGACGACUCUUGCAAAAGUUAUAUAUUUGACCUAGGCGCUGAAACAGUUAAUAAAAUGAAUUUUUUAUAUGAAUUAUAUGAUGUGUAUAAUGAAAUUAUAUCAGAUACUUAUAGGAAAAAUACUGCGAAAUGCAAUGAACUUUUUCUUCUUUCAAGAAAUUAUUAUGAUUCUAUUUAUAAAUAUUAUAAUACUGAUAAUGAUUUAUAUGAUAAAUUAGAAAAUAUUAAAAGUUUAAUUGAAGGAAUAAUAGGACGUACUAAAUAUUGUACACAGAAUAUAUAUUUCACAAAACCGACAAAUCUGGUCAAUCUCCUAAAAGCAGAACAAGAAAGAAGGGAGGCUGAAGAACGAGAAAAACAGGCACAGGAAGAAGCAGCCAGACAGGCUAAGGAUGAAGCAGUGAAAAAGCAGAAGGAAGAACAAUAUCUCGAAAAACAGGAAUUAUUACAGUAUAAUGAUUUAUUUUCAAUAUCACGGGAAAAUCAUGUACAAGAAAUGCAUCAGGAAAAUCAGGAUUUACAUUCCACUAAAUAUCGAGGAGGUUCACAUGAAUUAGGAAAUACCGGAUUAAACAACCCCCCACGAACAUUAUUUGGACAUUCAGGUAUGUCAGAAUCAUCACCAGGUGGAUCAAUUACACAUACAAUAGAAGGAACGAAUCAACAGAGAGAAGUAGGUAAUGAUCAAGAAGAUAAAGGUACAACAAGAUCUGGUACAUUUUUCAACUCAUCAGGAUUUCGAGGUUAUAUUACUGAAGUUUUAGAUUCUGUUGAUCCCGUACCCGUUGUUGGUGUAUCUGGUGGUAUGGGUGCCUUGUAUUUACUUUUAAAGGUAUGGUAUAUUUUAAACCAUAAAUAUGUUUACAUUAAAUUUAAAUUAUCAUUAUUACAAAAUUAA